AGAGAGAUUGCGCGUGUUUUUAUGUUACAAACAGAGGAUUGAUCGGAAAAACAGAGAAGAGAAGAGAAUGGCCACACAGAUGCAAGAUCCAUCUUCAAACCCUAACCCUAAUCCCAAUGCCACGUCAGCAACUCCAUCUUCUACCUUAUUUAUACGCGCCGCCGGCAACGGCGCUUCUGCCAUUCCCGUCGCCGGUUCCGGCGAGUCCCACUCUCAUCACCGGCGGGCGCACUCCGAGGUCAGUUUCCGGCUGCCGGAAGACAUUAUGGACCUGUCGCCGUCCGAUCCGUUCAACGGCGGAUCCUCCACAGCGAGCCUGGAAGAGAUCGGAUCCGAGGACGACCUUUUCUCCACCUACAUUGACGUGGAGAAGCUUGGAGGAGGCACGAAUGGUUCAGGUCGUGCUGGAAACGGAUCGGAUCAGAGCGGUUACGGAAACGGCGCCGGCAUGAGCGGCCACAACGACAGUGAGAAGAGUCCGAGCGCCGCCGCGGCGAGACCGAGACACAGGCACAGUAGUUCCGUCGACGGUUCCACGUCGACGAGCAUGUUUGGAGAGAUCAUGGAGGCGAAGAAAGCCAUGCCUCCUGAUAAACUCGAAGAGCUUUGGACGAUCGAUCCAAAGCGUGCUAAGAGAAUACUGGCUAAUCGGCAAUCUGCUGCGCGUUCAAAAGAAAGGAAGGCCCGCUACAUACAAGAACUUGAGCGCAAAGUUCAGACCCUUCAGACCGAAGCCACGACACUUUCUGCCCAACUCACAUUGUACCAGAGGGAUACAACUGGUCUUAGCACUGAAAAUACUGAGCUUAAGCUCCGUCUGCAAGCCAUGGAGCAACAGGCACAGCUUCGUGAUGCUCUUAAUGAUGCAUUGAUGAAGGAAGUUGAGAGGCUUAAGAUUGCUACUGGGGAGGCAAUGAACCCCUCUGAAUCUUUUAAUCUAGGAAUGCACCAUAUGCCGUAUGCAGGGUCAAAUUUCUUUUCAAUGCCACCACAUUCAGCUCCUUCAGGUCACCCCAACAUACAGUUGCCACCAUUUGUUCACACCCCAUCUAGCAUGCCAACUCAUCAGCUACAACAAACAAAUUCUCACCAAAUCCCAGAUAUAUUGCAAAAUGACCAGCUUGGUCGUUUGCAGGGACUUGACAUUAGUAGCAAAGGAUCAUCCGUGGUGAAGUCUGAAGGGCCCUCAAUAUCUGCAAGUGAGAGUAGCACUACGUUUUGAAUUUGACCCAAAUUGUACCUGCUGACUUAUUGGUGGCAUUCCCUUCUCUUCAAUUGUUUAUAGUGUUGACAUGUAGUCAUCUAAGGAAGGUGCUCUGUUUUAUUAAAUAUUCCUUUCAGAGGAAGGAUUAAUUAUUAAUUGUUUAUUCUUAGGGAUGCUCCCCAAAAAGGGGAAGUACCCUUGGGGUUUUGUCACAAAAGUGCACGCAAUCAUGUUGAAGCGUGGCAUUUUGGUGUUUGUGAGUUUUAGAAUAUUGGGAAUGAAUGGUCAUUCUCAUAGUAUCUUUGUAUGUUGGGAUCUUUAUAGAUCCCCCUCCCGUCUUUUGUAUCAUCUUUUACGUGAUAACAUGUAAUAUGUGAUUUGUUGUUGUGUUC